GGGACACCCGGGGGGGCCCCGGGGGGUCCCGGGGAGGCAUGGCCGGGGCUGGCUGCGCCCCUCCGCGCCUCGACGGCUUCGUGCUCACCGAGCGCCUGGGCACCGGCACCUACGCCACGGUGUACAAGGCGUACGGCAAGAAGGACACGCGCGAGGUGGUGGCCGUCAAGUGCGUGAGCAAGAGGAGCCUCAACCGGGCGUCGGUGGAGAACCUGCUGACCGAGAUCGAGAUCCUCAAAACCAUCCGGCACCCGCACGUCGUGGAGCUCAAGGACUUCCAGUGGGACAGCGAGCACAUCUACCUGAUCAUGGAGUUCUGCGCCGGGGGGGACCUCUCCCGCUUCAUCCGCACGCGGCGCCUGCUGCCCGAGAAGGUGGCGCGCGUCUUCCUCCAGCAGCUGGCCUGCGCCCUCAAGUUCCUCCACGACCACAACAUCUCCCACCUGGACCUCAAGCCGCAGAACAUCCUGCUGAGCGCCCCAGACAACCCCCAGCUGAAGCUGGCAGAUUUCGGCUUCGCGCAGUACAUGUCGCCCUGGGACGAGCAGCACGUGCUGCGGGGCUCCCCGCUCUACAUGGCCCCCGAGAUGGUGUGCCGCCAGCAGUACGACGCCCGCGUGGACCUCUGGUCGGUGGGCGUCAUCCUCUACGAGGCGCUUUUUGGGCGGCCCCCCUUCGCCUCGCGGUCGUUCGCCGAGCUGGAGGAGAAGAUCCGCAGCGACCGAGCCGUCGAGCUGCCCAGCCGGCCCCCGCUGUCCCCGGGGUGCCGGGACCUCCUGCGACGCCUCCUGGAGAGGGACCCCCGGCAGCGCAUCUCCUUCGAGGACUUCUUCGCCCACCCCUUCGUGGACAUGGAGCACGUGCCCGGCCCCGAGAGCUUCCCGAAGGCGACCGACCUGGUGGUGGAGGCGGUGAAGAAGGACCAGGAGGGGGAUGCGAGCGCCGCGCUUGCGCUCUACUGCAAAGCCCUCGAGUAUUUUGUGCCUGCCCUGCGUUAUGAAAGCGACCCCCGCCGCAAAGAGGCCAUCCGGGCAAAGGUGGGGCAGUACAUCUCGCGGGCGGAGGAGCUGAAGGCGCUGGUCACCUCCGACAGCAGGAGCCUCCUGCAGCAGGGGAGCCCGGCCAGGGAGGUCCUCAAAGAGCUGGCCAAGGACAAGCCGCGGCUCUGUGCCGCGCUGGAGGUGGCGGCAGCGGCCAUGGCGAGGGAGGAGGACGGCCGAGACGACGGCGACGCCUUGGAGCUCUACCAGCAGAGCCUGGGCGAGCUGCUGCUGCUGCUGGCCGAGCCCGCGGGGAGGAGACGGGAGCUGCUCCACGCCGAGGUGCAGACCCUGAUGGCCCGAGCCGAGUACCUGAAGGAGCAGAUCAAGGUGCGGGAGGCGCAGUCCUUGGGCAAGGAGGCGCUGGCAGAGUCCGUCCGGAGCUCCUGCAUCUUGCAGUGACGCCGGGGACGAGGCCAGGCGUUGGCAGCGGGAGGCGUCCCUGCCGCGACUGUCUGCUGCCCUGCCCGGCCCUGCCCUGCCCGCGGCGGGCGGCUUAUUCCACCCCAGUUCCUCUGCUGGCUGCGCGUUUGGGCGCCCGAUGCUGCUGCUGCGCGCAGGCUCUUGCGUGCACAGCCCGGAAAAAAUAAUAAUAAAAAAAAAAGACACACACACACACACACACACACAAAAAUCACCCUAUCUGCGCUGGAGGCGUUGGCGCGGGCACCGAGCGCGCUGCUCGCCCGUGCCACGAGCUGCUGCCCGCUCCCAGCCUGCGUCGUCGCGCGGCGAGCAACGCCAGGAGCAGAGCUCGCCUUCACGGAAACGCCAGCGCAGACCCCGGCCCCGCACACCGCUCCCUCCCGGGGGGCAGGAUCCGGCCCCGCGUGCGCCGCGCUCCGUGGGGACGCCCGAAAACCCUCGUCCCUCGGGGCUGUCCCCAGCUGCAGUCGCUCUGUGGCCGCGGGGGGGGUCUGCCGGCCCUGCAGGGCAGGGGCCUCGUCUCCGAAACCUGCUGCGUUUCAAGGGAAUGUAAUUUAUUGCCUCAAAUAAAUACUUUUUUUGGGGGUU